AUGAUGAACACGGUCCGCCGCCAUCUGGCUACUCCCGUGGAUCCCUCGCGCGAGAAAGAGUACGCUUUCGAAAUGGCCGCGUCUAGUAUUCGUUUCGGUCCCGGUUCUACCAAGGAGGUCGGCAUGGACUUCAAGAAUAUGGGCGCCAAGCGCGUGUGCAUUGUCACCGAUUCCAAUGUCACCAAGCUCGAUGCUAUGAAGCAAGCGGUGGAGGGUCUGACUAAGGAGGGAAUCGCAUUCACCAUCUAUGACAAGGUUCGGACUGAGCCUAAGGACAGCUCAAUCAGAGAUGCCAUUGCGUUUGCCAAGCCCUAUAAACCCGACGCAUUUCUCGCAGUUGGCGGCGGAUCUGUCAUUGACACCGCAAAGCUCAUGAACCUAUAUAACGCUUACCCCGAAGCCGACUUCCUUGACUUCGUCAACGCCCCUUUGGGCAAGGGUCUUCCCGUCGACAAGCCUCUGCUCCCUCUGGUCGCCGUGCCCACAACAGCAGGCACGGGCUCCGAAACAACAGGAACCGCGAUCUUCGACCUCGUCUCGAAGAAGGCAAAGACAGGAAUUGCCCACCGCAACUUGAAGCCCACACUCGGAAUUUGCGAUCCGCUCAACACCCGCACCAUGCCAUCCGCCGUUCACGCCGCAUCAGGCUUAGAUGUGCUCUGCCACUCCCUUGAAUCCUGGACCGCUAUCCCAUACUACGAGCGUACCCCCCACCCGACAAACCCCAUCAACCGACCCGCCUACCAGGGCGCAAAUCCCAUCUCAGAUAUCUUCUCCCUUCACGCCCUCCGCAGCACCGUCAAAUAUCUCCCCCGUGCAGUCCGCGACCCAGAUGACCACGAAGCGCAGUCUCAAAUGCUUCUUGCCGCUACGCUAGCAGGAAUUGGCUUCGGAAAUGCAGGUGUGCAUCUUUGCCACGGCAUGAGUUACCCAAUUUCAAGCCAGAACCCUGGGUACAAGCAUAGCGGAUAUGAGGUCGAUCAUCCCAUCAUUCCCCACGGUGUUUCCGUCGCAGUCACAGCACCCGCUGUGUUCAAGUUUACCGCGGCCUCUAAUCCUGAUCGUCAUCUUGCUGCUGCGGAGGCAUUCGGUGUUGAUAUUUCGAACGUCAAGCGGGAGAGCGCAGGUGAGGUUCUCGGCGCUGCGAUCGCUGAAUUCUUGGCUUCUUUGGGUGAUCAGCCUCGCGGUCUUAAGGAUCUGGGCUUCAAGGCUUCGGACUUGGAGGGCCUUGUUGAGGGUACCCUUCCGCAGAGACGAGUCCUUAUGCUUGCGCCUAACUUGAGUGAGGAGCUUCAGGCUGAAAAGGGAGAGCUAAGAAGUCUCUUGGAAGAGUCUUUCGACUACUGA